UGAUCUGAUGUGAUUUAUAUGUCAUAAAUAAGAUGCUUUAACAUCUCUUUGACGACACCGUACAAGAUGAAGAGCACUAUCUUGGCACUUGUAGUUCUCUUUCUAAGCAUUUUUUCUGCCGAAGGCGUGGGAAAAAACGUCAGGAAAAUCCAGAACAAACACGGCUGCCUUGUGCAGAAUUUCUAUCAUGGCGGACCUAAUAACUUCUUAGUCAUGAAAUACCUCCAAAUGAUGAACAAAAAGUUGAACUACUUGAUGAAAAGAGUCAAAUCAUGUGAAGGAGGAGGAGAAGGAGGAAAUAACUGCAAGAAAGUUCCCAAGAACUGUGCUGAGGUCCUCAAGUGUGGCGGCAAAAAGAGCGGUAUUUACAAAAUCAAGCCUGAUAGCAAAGCAGCAUUUAAGGUUUACUGCGACCAGAAAACUAACGGCGGUGGAUGGGUAGUAAUACAGAAACGCAAAGAUGGUUCAGUAAACUUCUUUCGAGGCUGGACUGACUACAAGAAUGGUUUUGGUGCCCUCAAAGGCGAGUUCUGGUUGGGAUUGGAUAAAAUCUUCCGACUGACUCACCAGACUCGUAACCGUCUUCGUGUAGAGCUGGAAGACACGAAGGGAAACACGGCUUACGCUGAGUACUCAUUCUUUGCUGUCUCGAGCGAGCCAAACAAAUACCGCUUGAGUCUUGGAACUUACUCAGGUACUGCAGGGGAUUCGUUGUCGGGUCACCGUAAUGCCCCCUUCAGCACCAAAGAUCGUGAUAAUGACGCACAUUCUAGUGGUAAUUGUGCAGUAAGUUACAAAGGUGCCUGGUGGUAUACUAGCUGUCACGGCUCUAACCUUAACGGCCUGUACCAUCACGGGGUGCACAAGUCCUAUGCUGACGGUGUUAACUGGAAAACAUGGAAAGGAUAUUACUUCUCUGCUAAAAGAGCAGAGAUGAAGAUAAGACCAGCGUGAGUUGCCUAGCAACCAGUGUGAGUUACCUAGCAACCAAUGAAUUGCCUAGCAACCAGUGGGAGAUGCAUAGCAACCAGUGUUCACAUUUAGUACAGGGUGUAAUAGUUAACUAUACUCCACUAAGAGUUAAAGCCAAGAUAAGUAAAUGUUGCCUAGCAACCACUGCCACUGCUCACAUUUUAUGGGGUUCCUGUGGUGUAAUUAAUACUAUUCCUGGAGACUAGUUUUUCGUGUAACGGUUUUGUAAAUGAAUAAACUUUUGCAUUUUGAUAUAAUCAGAUGAUAUCCAAGCACUAGAAUAUCGCAUAAUGAUUGCAAUCCUUUUAAUAAAGCAAAUUACAAAUUA